AUGCCCGACGAACAAAAAGGGAAAGCAUUUCCCGAUGUCUCUGCCAAACUUUCUGCACCCACGAAGAAAUCAUUAUUUGAACGCCAGAAAGCCGAAGCCGAAGCCAAACGCGCCCGCGAGAAAGCCGAAACCGCGGCCGUGUACGAGGAUUUUGUGAAAUCUUUCGACGAUGAUAUACCUACCGGCCCAAGACCUUCUGAUACACGACUGAAUUCAUUCGGGGCUCGGGGUGGAGGUUUAGGAGGGGGGCCAGGACGACGACACUUUACAAGCUCCGGCCCACGCAGCAGCGGGCCAGGUACUCUAGGGCUGCCUCCACACUCAUUAGCUGGCAAGCGCACACAUGAAGGAUUAGCCCCGGUGUCGCGUAAUCGUGAUACCGCGCUAGGAUUCGAUCAGGCAAACACGGGUCCGGUAGGCCCUCCGCCUGGAUUCAACAACCUAUCGGAUGAUGAAGAUUACCGAAAAGCCGACAUCAAAGGUGUGGACAGGGCGCCAGCUAAGCCUACACUGCAGUUGGCAUUGUUGCCUCCUGGAACGUCCCCAUCAGUGGUAAAAGCCCUGAUACCAUCUCCUCUUGUCGUCGACAAUGUACACAUCACACGUCCAGCUAGCCAAGCUGCCACUGAACGAAGAUCAUCAGCGGCUAUUGUGACUCUCGCGAGUGACACAGCAGCUUCUGACAUCGACAACGCUGUCAGUGCACUCCAAAACAAAUACCUGGGCCGCGGAUAUUAUCUCUCUUUGUCUCGGCAUCUUUCGUCUGCAGCAAUUACUUCGAAUAUUUCAACGGGCCUUGGCUCCUCCAAUGCUAGCUUGCUACCAUUCGGCGCGAAGAAUUUCCAACCAACGCAUGGGGCUCGCUUAAGUCGUGCUCCACCCCCAGGAUCCCACCGCGGAGGCUUCGCACCUCCAAGCUCAUAUGGAUCGAAUGUGGGAAGAGGCGUACCUUCCACGCAAGUGGAAGUGAAAGCACCGUUGGAUGUUAAACAGCUCAGAUUAGUCCACAAGACUCUGGAAUCGCUUUUAAAAUACGGUCCCGAAUUCGAGGCCCUGCUUAUGAGUCGACCGGAAGUGCAAAGAGACGAGAAAUGGGCUUGGAUUUGGGAUGCCCGAAGUCCGGGCGGUGUAUACUAUCGCUGGAAGCUAUGGCAAAUUGUUACGCAGCCUCAGUCGGACCGCAGGAAUGAUAAGCUUGCUUCGAUUUUUGAAGGUGGAGCGAGCUGGUACCCACCCGAUAGUCGCAUAAAAUUCGAAUAUGCAACGCAAUUGAACGAGUUUAUCUCGGAUGACGACUACAAUUCGUCAGAUGAAGAGCAUUCGGAUAAUGAAGACGAGAGACGAAAUUAUGGGGGAGCCCCGCCUCCAGAAGGAGUUAGUAGCCAACAAGACGGCCUUGGCUAUAUGAAUCCAAUGCAAAAGGCCAAGCUCACUCAUCUUCUGGCUCGAUUGCCGACAACACAUGCUAAGCUUCGUCGGGGUGAUGUCGCUCGUAUAACAUCAUUCGCAAUUGAGCAUGCUGGCUCAGGCGCAGAUGAGGUUGUUGACAUGAUCGUCUUGAAUAUCUUGAGCCCGCUCGCAUACACUGGAGCCAACCCCGAUCGAGAGCUAGAGAAGGCUGCAGCAGAACCAGAAAACGAUACCAAAGACGGUGCAAAUGCGUCGUCAACACGACAAAAGAUGGAUCUAUCAUCUGCUAAAUUGGUCGGGCUUUAUAUUGUCUCCGAUAUUCUUUCUUCGUCAGCAACCAGCGGCAUACGUCAUGCAUGGCGGUAUCGGCAGAUAUUCGAAUCCUCCCUACGCUCCCACGCAGUGUUUGAGCACCUUGGCCGACUCGAGAAAGAACUCAACUGGGGCAGACUCAAGGCUGAAAAAUGGAAACGCAGUGUCGGUACUCUCCUACAUCUUUGGGAAGGUUGGUGUGUAUUCCCACAGGACAGUCACGGGCAUUUCGUCCAAAUGUUCGAGCAACCACCGCUCACGGAGGAGGAGCAACAAAAGGAGAAGGAGAAAGCUGAAGAAGAACAAGCCAAGAAAGCUUUUCUCAAAGGAAAAAGCAGCUGGAAAGCUGUGGACGAUGAACCAGUGCCAGAGAGUGUGGAUUCGAUUCAUGCCGGUGCGACUGAGAGCCGGCAUCAUGUUGCACUCAGUAUCCCAGAAGAUGAAUCUAUGAGUGACAUUGAUGGAGUCCCUAUGGAAGAUAGCGACCUCGAGGACCCCGAGGAUCAUUCCCCUAAGGAUCAAGAAAAACCACAGCCAAGUGAAGAGACUGCCAAAACUCAAGCGUCUAUGCAGUCUGGACCAGAGCCUGAGGAUCCAGAUGCAGUAUCUCGGCGCCCUCGAAAACCACGGCCUAAAGCUGAAGACAUGUUUGCGGAGGACUCGGAAUAA